AUGGGCAGAUUUUUUGAUGAUUGGAGCUAUUAUAAGGGUUCUCACAGUGAGGGUAGAAUCUUGCUGGUUUGGAAGAGAAAUAUUUUGUUAGUGGAUAUUAUUCAAGAGAGUGACCAAUUUGUUCAUACUAUUAUUAAGGAGUCUCGGUCAAAUAGGGAGUAUUGUGUGACAUUUGUUUAUGGGAGAAACACAGUUCUUGAACGAGUUCAAUUAUGGCAUGAUUUAUCUUGCCUUAAAUUUCCUGUUGCUCCUUGGUUAAUGGCAGGAGACUUCAACUCAGUUUUUGAGUGUGAUGACAGAUGUGGGGGUCGUCCUGUUGCAAUCACUGAAUUGGUUGAUGCUCAAAGGUGGAAAGCGUAUGGAUUGGCUGAUGAACUUAGAUCGAUUGGUUCUCACUUUACAUGGACUAAUAACCAAUCUGAUGGGGCUAGAAUUUACUCCAAAUUAGAUCGUGUUUUUAAAAAUGAAGAGUGGAUUGACCUUUUUCCGGCAUCAGUUGCUGUUAAACAAUGGGACAUACUUUCAGAUCAUUGCUACUGCCUUAUUAAGGUAAUCCAGGAGGUAAAUUUUGGAUUUAAAACUUUUAGAUUUUUCAACAUGUGGAUGGAACAUGAAAGGUUCAAAAUUACUGUAAUGCAAAGUUGGUCUAGACCAGUGGUUGUUCGGGGCUUUGAUGGUAUUUUGGUGAAGCUUAAAAGGCUUAGCCAUGUUUUGAGGCUCUUUAAUAGGUCUGAAAUAGGUGAUGUUGAGCGUAAUUUUCAGUUGGCUAAGGAUAAUUUCCUGAGGCAAAAAAGCAAAGUCAAUUGGCUCAAAUUUGGGGAUGAUAAUACAGUGUUUUUCCAUGCUUGUUUGAAACAGCGAAAGGAAGUUAAUCGAAUAGCCUCGUUUGUUUCUGAUAAGGGCCAGUUAAUUGAGAAUUAUGAGGAGGUUGUGGCUCACUUUUUAUCUCAUUUUAGAAGUGUUUUGGGUAGUCAAAGUAAGGCUUCGGGUUCUAUUCAUAAGGAUUGCUUUAUUCAUGGCAAUAUCCUUGCUUUAGAGCAUCAGCUGGCCUUGAUUAAACCAUUCACUAAGAAGGAUGUUAAGACUGCCAUGUUUAGCAUUGGGUCUAUCAAGAGUUCGGGUCCUGAUGGGUAUGGUUUGGGUUUCUUCAAAUCAAUGUGGAAUGAAAUUGGUGAUGAUAUUUCAGAGGCUGUUUUGGGUUUCUUUCAGCAAGAUGACUUGGUGAUUUUUUGCAAGGGAAAUAAUGCUUCUGUUCAAACUAUUCAGCAGUGUUUUCAAGCUUUUAGUGUUGCUACUGGUUUAACAGCCAACUUGGAGAAGUCCCGAAUUUAUUUUGGUGGUUUAACUGAGACAGAGACCAAGGAUAUUCUAAGGGAUUUGCAUUUUGUUGAGGUACAACUAAUUCACUCUGUUCUGUUGGGAAUUAGAGCGUUUUGGAUGAGUAUUUUUCUUCUCCCUAAGAGUGUAAUUACUGAGAUUGAUCAAUUAUGUAGGCAAUUUCUGUGGGGAACCAGUAGGUGGAAUGAGAACAGAAGUAAACUUCACCUCACGGCUUGGGAUCAAGUUUGCCUUCCUAAGCAUUUGGGGGGUAUUGGUUUUAGGGAAGGGGCCAAAUGGAAUAUGGUUCUUCUUGCUAAGUAUAUCUGGGCGGUUUCUACUAAACAGGACAUUCUUUGGGUUAAAUGGAUUGAUGACGUUUAUCUUAAAGGGCAAUCUUUUUGGGAGUACAAUCUUCAGACUGAUGUGAGCUGGUAUUGGCGUAAACUAAUUAAACUGAGAUCAGUCAUCCAUAGUGAGUUGUUAGAUAAAGCAAUGGUGAAUAACAAGUUGAAAACCAGUAAGCUUUAUAUGCAAUUGGCUAAUAAGGAAAGAGUUCCUUUUGCUCAUGUUGUUUGGUGCAAUUUGACCCUGCCUAAGUAUAGAUUUGUACUUUAG